CUUCAGAUACUUCUUCUUUCUGUUUAAGUGUCGAUAAACCAGCAGCCAAUGGGGUCGUGGUGAUAACUUGUCAUAAUGUAAUUGGUGGCUCCGCAGGACAGAAUAAUAUAAAAAUGAGGACAACCCUCAGAAGAGCAGAGACUGGAAGGACUCUGAGAACCAUGGCUUCUCUUCAGAUACUUCUUCUCCUGUGUAUUACUGUUUCAGUGAGCGCAGCUGGACAUCUGCAGAAAAGAAUCUACGGAGGUAGAGACUGCUCCCCAUCUGAGCGUCGGUACCAUGUCAGACUAAGACCAUUUGAUGGUAAAGGCUUCAAAAGAUGUGGUGGCUCUCUGAUCAGUGAUCAGUGGAUUCUGACUGCAGCUCACUGUUGGAAUACGUCAUGGACUUCUGGUGCUAUGAAUGUGAUUGUAGGAGUUCAUCCAGGUAACAAUAAGAAGGAAAUGGAAAUAAAUCAAGCCGACAUAUUCCCUUUUAAAGACACAAACAAUAAUGUUAAUGACAUCAUGUUACUGCGGCUGCCUGAGAAAAUCACAGACAUCACACCCAUAAAGCUUCCUGACUGUACUGGCAAAGAUGAGCCUGAAAUAAAUGACUUGGUUGAGGUAGCAGGACACGGCAAUUGUCAAUUAAACGCGGGAAAAUAUGAAGUGAACAGUGAACCAGAUCAACUACAGUGUGCGGAGAUGAAAGUUGAGGACUGUAAGAAAGAUGAAGCAUCAAUACAGUCAUGUACACCAAAUGAGCCAUUUGGAAACUGGCUUUGUGCAGAACCCCAUGCAGGGGAAACGUGUGGAGGCGACUCUGGUGGUGGACUGGUGUUCAAUAACAGGAUACACGCUGUUAUCUCCAAUGGCCCUACAUGUCAUGAUAAUUCUGAGACAUAUUCGUUCUUGAAGGUCUGUCCUUACAUGACAUGGAUCAAAGACACCCUCAAUGAAAAAAAAUGGGGGAUGAAGAUGAGAAAAUUAUUGAAAGGAUUUCCAAAUAGAAUGGGUUAAUAUCGCAAGAAACCAUUUCGCUUAGUGAACCAAAUGUAAACAGGAUGAAGCAACAUGAUACAGUAUAUUGGUGUUAAUGCUACCUAAUGACCAUGGUUCAGUUUUAUGGUUGAUCGACCAUGAUUUUCUUGGGUUAUUUGAACGUAUAUGAUAUUAAUGUUUGUUACCUAAUGCUAUAGGGUAAUUAAAACCAGUUAAUAAAUUUAAAUAAAAUAAUAUAAUAAAUUAACACAACCAAUGUAAAGUUAUAACAUGUGUUGUGCCAAGAUUAACUUUUCAAAAUUACAUACAAAUAAAGUCAUCUUUGAAACAGCAUUUCUAUUAUGCAAACUAACAUAUAUCCCCAGCUGGUGUUGUAGGUUGGAGAAGACACAAAGCACAUUGGAUUUAGACUGGUUAGAAUACUUUAUAAGCUUCAUAAAAACGAUAAAAUAGCUUUCAAAUGUCAAAGGCAGCUACAAAAUUUCACUAUAUACAUUCAGCAUUAUGACAAUAUUUCAAACAACUUUUAGUGGAGGGUAGCUGAGGUUGAGAGCAUAUACAAGAGCAAACAACAUCACAGCAGGUGGGACACGACCCAACUCAUCCAGGCCUUGAAACGAUGACUACAUCUUCAGGGUCAUCAUCUGCCUCUGCAUCUUUGAAAGAAAAAAAGUACACAAGUUAUCAAUGCACUGAAUGGCAAAUGUGUAAACAAUACUUUUUGAUACAUUUUAAUAUAUUUUGUUUGUCUGAUCACAAUCACAUUGUACACAUAGAAAAUUUUAUUGACCCACCUCAGAAACACAGACGAGAGCAGGUAAUCUGGUUUUGAUCUCGUGAUGAACGUCAUCUGUAAAAACUUCUUGCCUUCUGUUUGCAACAGUCGUAUCUACUAGAAACAGUCACGCUGCACUCAGUGCAUUAUUAUUUAUCUAUUGUAUAUUUACACAAUGUGCAACAAUUUUUAUUUUUUACCGUGCAAUAAUCCUUUAAGACCUCAUACUCACUCUUCCUGUACUGUGUUGUGUUGUACUGUGCCAACGCGCAGUGUCACAAAGUGUCCUUUUAACUGUUUUUGCUUUACUAAUAAAGGCUUUUCUUAUGUUACCAAACAAACAUCACAUGAACAAUGAGAAAACACGUUUGUUCUGUUCACCUUCAUUUGUAAUUAAUCCAUAUGCGUCUGACUGAACCAAAUCAUGUCUUGGUUUUGUUUUUCUCAGGCUGCUUGUGAAUCAGCUCUGACUUUACUCCAGUCCGGAAAUUGGUAGAAAAUUGACUAAGCUAUUAAUUGACAGAAUACGGAGCAAAAAAACAAACCAACACUUGAGAAUCACAUUUAAAUUAAUGUUGGGGUAAAUGCAGCUGACUGCGACUACAUUCAAGGAGAAUCUCCAAAUAAACAGUAACUUGGCUGAAGCAGAAAUCACGUUUCCAGUCUGUAAGUUAUAACUCUGUCCUCAUUGAUGUUUCUAGAAG